GGCCAGUGUAUGCCGGCAAUCUAGGUCGUGGACACUCGCGAAUUAUCCCGCGAUCCUUCCGCUGUUGGCAAAUCCUUCUCCCACCCAACAUGUAACCAUACUCUGCAUCACCAGAGUUGCGGUUCAGUGUUCCACUGGGCAUAGUUGGAGGUCUUAGUCUGAUCAGUUAAAGCAAUAAGUUGAGAACUCUAGACUCUAGAUUACACGCGUCCGUCACAACUGCUUUGAGGGUCGACGUAGGUAUGUUGCAAGCUUAAAUUUACCGCGUUUCUCGGCAGUCGGCAGCACCAGUUGCCAACUCACAUGCUUAUUGGAUUUCUUUAGACUCAUUCACUUGCCUCUGCGUUGUAUGGCUGCCUCGCCGUUCCCGUCUAUGUCCCAACACAUUUAGCCAUCUGGUCAUGUUUAUUUAAAUAUUAUUAUUUUAUUAAUAAUUUAUACUAAUAAAAGAUGAAAGGAAAUAAUGAAGCUGGUGGUGAUGGAGAUCCGGGUGCUAGUCGGCACGGAAAUUUUAUCAAUUAUUACAAAUUUCACCCGGCAAACGAACGUAUCUGUCAACUUCCGCAAGGCGUGUGGUUCUCUCAACAUCCGGACCGGAAAUAUAUCGCGCUGGAUGUCGGCUGCAACGCCGGGGAACUCACUAUCGAACUGCGUAAAUUUCUUCAAGAUAAUCUGACAGUAAACACAGAUAUAAAUUUACUGGGUAUUGACCUCGAUCCCAUUUUAAUACAGCGGGCACGUGAAAAUAAUUUUAAUCAAUCGAUUACUUUUGAAUGCCUAGAUUUUGUGUUAUCUCAAAAUAGAAAUGAUAUUAUUAAAAAUUAUUUGACAAAAUUUGAUAGAAAUAAAUUUGAUGUUAUAUUUUGUUUUUCUAUCACAAUGUGGAUUCAUUUAAAUCACGGCGACGAGGGUCUUGUUAAAUUCUUGGAAGACAUUUGCUCGUAUACCCAAAUGCUUGUUAUUGAACCGCAGCCAUGGAAGUGUUACAGAAAUGCCUCAAGAAGACUGAGACGUUCUGGUGAACAAGAUUUCACGUUAAUUAAUUUUUUAAAAUUUAACGGUGAUAUGGAGAAACACAUUAUUGAUAUUUGUACUAAAAAAUGUGGAUUUCAAAAAGUUUCUACGAGCGAAAACAAUAGCUGGGGUAGAAAACUUUUGAUUUUUAAUAAAAAUUAAUUUUCAAAUAAUUAUUUCAGCUGCCCAAUUUCAAAACACAGUAAAGGGCAAAUUUUUAAAAAUCGAUAUUUUAGUAUUUUUAGUUCCAGUGAACAUGAUGGUUCCGUAACAAAAUAUUCAAAAACGUCAAUAUCUCGGACAAAAUAUC